UCAAAUGUCUUGAACUGUAGUAGUUUGACCCUACCUGUACGCUUUACCGAGCGUGGAUGUGUAUGUUACUUACACGGAUCAUAACCAAUAUAAGUUUACACCCUGCCCCAGCAUGCAGCUACAUAUUCUCUGCGCUUUGGCUGUGUCAUAGCCAUUGUUCGCAGCUCUGACAAGAUUAAUGGAGAUUCAGAGACAAGCGCCAACCAGCAAAUUAAGUAGCCGCAAACAACAAAGCCUAUGGGAGGAGCAGGCCACUCAGGUUACGGGUAUCUCACCCACCCCCUUACCCAGAAACAAUCUGCAGACAGACAACGAUAAUUUGAACAAUAGUCUUGAAGGAUUGACUCCUGCUGAGAAGAGUGUUUCACAGUCAGUGGUAGAUACCUGCACUUGUUUCUUUCUAAAAGAAGAAGAGAAAGAAAUAGCCAAAGUUCUACCUCAACUUCUGGAAACUUCACCACAGCCGACGAAGUCACAAUACCUGGCACUUGAUACAAAUGAAACAAUCAAUUGAAAAGGGAACUUCUAGACAUCCUCAGCUAAUGUGCAACUUCAAUCUUUAAUGAACUGUGUUGCCAUGGCGGCAGAAUCAGAAGACCGAAACAUUUUCAUCGCCAUUACUCACGGAAAUCUGCAUCGUUUGCGUUCUCUUCUAUCAUCAAUCGAUGACUUGAAUGUCAGGGACAGCAAUUUCCGGACCCCGCUUAUCCACGCAGUGGCUGUGUCUAGUGACGAGGCAUUAAUUACACACGUGGUGCGACAGCUCGUGCAGCGCGGCUGUGACAUCAACGCUCAAGAUGCCCUCGGGCGCACAGCUCUGAUGUACGCAUGUCUGGAGAGAGACAAACUGGAUGUUGUCAAGCUGCUGGUCAAGUGCAGGCGCUGCGACCCCAACCUACAAGAUGUGGACGGCAACACUGCUUUGAUUCAUUCGGUAGAGAGCGGGAACACUCCAGCUUUGAGGAUCCUGACCCACCAUCCGCACAUGAAGUCCGCACCAAAGAUGGACCUGAAAAAUUCUGCCGGUCUCACCGCCCUCCAACUGGCGGCGAAGCUCGGCCUCGCUGAGUGUUGUCGGGAGCUAAUGAGAAAUGGAGGAGACUCCAGCAAAAUUAAGAGCGGAGAACUGUGGCCACAGCUGGCUGAAAACCACACGAAAAACCAUUUCGAGAAGUUGGAACUCUCGCAGGAUUGUGACAGCGACCUGGAUGAAUCUCUCAGCUCGUUGCCAUCAUCACGUGAUUACAUUCCGAGUUCUUUCGGCCACAGACCACAAAGCAAAUUGACCUUUCGCACAAGUUCCCAGGUCUUUGAUGAUAGUUUUCGACCGGUGGUAGCAGAGGUUGUAGCAGCUGUUCGCAAGACGAACAGGUCCGUCUUGGGCAUGAGGAGAGAUCUCGAGGUUCAUCGCGAGAUUUCGAACCUGAGCACAGUGCAAUCACGAAACCAUCGACUCGACAUUUUGGAAAAGACGACGCAACCAAACCACGUGCCUCCUGCACGCGCGUCGCCCAAACGAACCGUGGUGGCUUCCACAGAAGACAGAAAGAAAGAGAGCAAGAAAGACAGGAAAACCAUGACCAGACGACCCUUGACCCCAAUCUCUAACUGGAUGCAAGGUGAAUCAACCAGUCUCGCUGGGGACCUACCUCUGCCCUCUCGCCUACCCAGCAUCCCUAGUGGCAAAAAACUACGCCCCAAGCCACGUGCGCCGACAGAUAUGACAUAAAGUUGGUGGUUGCUGCUGUAGUUGUUGAUUAACUUAUUUUUCGGUUUACUAAAUCCAGAACUAAGAGUGUCGCGAUUCAGCAGAGGAGGACGAGAAGGGAAGUAGUAAUAAACAAAAAGGGAAGUGGGUUCAAAAAGGAGAAGUAUUGUGUGGACUGUGGACUGUUGUUAGGAGUAAUGCUCAAGGAAGAGGUGUGUCUUCAAUGCACAUUUACAAGAUUCAAUGGUGGAUAGGCGGCGGAUAUGGGGAGGGAGUUUCAUUGUUUCGCUGCACAGUAACUAAAAAUUCUGUGACAGGAAUAGUGAGGAAACGGCCAUCAUAUAAGUUGUCUGGCUGGAAUGCUAUCUCUCACCCCACGGACAUAUAAAUAUAUAUACAUCCAUGCUCACCAUGAAGGCGGGAUUAAUAGCUGGUGGGCCCAAUCUGUAUCUUUAAAACACUGCACUGAAUGAGAAGAACUAAGCUCGUUCCUGAACAUUCUUGAAGCAGUCUGAAGCUGACUUCACUGGAUUUACUGAACGGCUCUGUUAUAUGGCGAUGGUGCGGCUCUGUUAUAUGGCGAUGGUGCACAAAGGAACCGAGCUGUCGCCGACUGAAAGUCAAGAGUAUUGAUUGUAAGGGUACAUUGUGUUCCCACACCCAUAUUAUUGUGACCAUGGCAUGUACACAUUUAACUAUGACCAUUCUCCUCCAAAUAACAUAUAAUAAAAAUACCUUUAAAAUGUAUCUAUACUUUGUAACAAAAUGCAUUCUCUAUAGA